UUAAGGUCUGACGGAGGAGAGCUGAAAGAGGAAGAAAUUCAGUCCAGCGGAUUUGAAGCGGUUCAGCCGGCCGUUCCUUCAGCUUCUGCAGAUGUUUCUGGACGUGUUACAGGAACUUCCACUACAGAAAGGGAGACAGACUUUGAUCUGCUGGGAAGUUAUACCAGAGAGGAAAUGGAGGGAAAGGAAGAACGAGGGACAGUAAACACUCAUCAUCAUCCCACUGAACCCGAGGCUGCAGUGAAUCCUAGCAGAGAACCUCUACAGCCCGGUGUGGAGGGAGAUGGAGAAUUAUCACCAAAAUACCAACAUGAAGAAGUUGGUCGGGACAGCCAGAGAAAUAAAGAGAUGGAGGAAACAAGAAUCCCGUCUGCGUCCGACUCUCCAUCCAUCACUGACAGGAGGGAGCUGGAGCUGCUGCUCGAUCCAGAGGAGCCUCAGCAGGUGGUGUGUCUGAACUGGAACGAGCUGGCUGGGCGGGGCUACGUCAUCCUCAACAUGACUGACAACAUGAACUGC